UGCCUUGCAGUACACAUACUCACUGUCCAUUCACAUUGCUUUCUAAAACCAGGAGCACACAAGGUGCCACCCCACCUUCUUCUCCAUCUGCUCCCCCCCCAAGCCUUCUACCUUUCUGCUUCCAACCACCUACAUUCCUACAGCAGUGCUAGUGGGUGGGGCUGCCAGAGCAGUUUGGGGAGAAGUUACAAAGUAGCCAGACACAAACCUGCUUCCUAACCUGGAUGAUCUACAGACAGGGGACGUCAGGGUUUUACAAUAACUUGGCAGUGGUGGAUUAUUGUGUGGAUUUCCUACUCUUCCCCCCCCCCAAAUGUGGACACUUUGCAGGGGACAGAAGCAAAGACUACUUGUGAUUGGAUGGCGUUUUAACACAGUUUUUACAGAGCCAAACAAAAAUAAGACGAUGAACCCAUAGUGGUGACUGCCCUUGCUUAAGGUUUUCAUGAAAUAAUUGUAUCACCAAUUUAAGCAAAGAGCUAAAAGCUGCUUACUGAAAAAAGGGGAGUGUUGCCCUAAAAUCCUGCACCUCAUUCUGCUCCCCUCAAGUUUUGUCAAUGGAUUCAAGUCUUUACCGUUGGACGCGUGUUUCACAAAACAGCUCCUCAAAAUGCUCCUCUGAAACAACACCUCUCCUUUCACCAAAGAGAAAAGGGCUAGCAAACAACCUGAACAAGGAGCGUGUUGUAUUUGCAAACACUGAAAAGUAUGAGAAAGACUGGAAAAGAGUAUCUCGCUAUUACAAAGGAAACAAGAUUCGAACAACCAAAUAUUCUCUGCUGAGCUUUCUACCAAAAAAUCUCUUUGAGCAGUUUUACAGAUUGGCCAACAUUUACUUUGUUUUCCUGGCCGCCUUGAACUGGGUGCCCCAAAUCGGUGUGUUCCACAAAGAAAUUACCAUGGUGCCACUGGCAAUUGUGCUUGGUGUUAUUGCCAUUAAAGAUGCAGUGGAAGACUAUAAGCGAUACUGCAUUGACAGAAGAGUGAACUUCACCAAAACCAGCAUUUAUAAUAAGAGCAAAAAUAACUUUGUUGAGAAAUGUUGGAAAGACGUUUGUGUUGGAGACUUUGUCAAACUCCUCUGCAAUGAAAUCAUUCCUGCGGACAUACUGCUGCUCUACUGCUCUGACCAGAAUGGUAUUUGCCACAUAGAGACGGCUAACCUCGAUGGGGAAACCAACCUAAAGCAGAGACAAGUGGUCAAAGGAUUUUCCAAUCAAGGAUUGCCGUUUGACCCAGAAACCUUCAGGGACACCAUUGUUUGUGAGAAGCCAAAUAAUAACCUCAAUAAAUUCAAAGGCUACAUGCAGCUGGAUAACGGCCAACGGACAGGAUUUGGCAAUGAAAGUCUUCUCCUGCGGGGAUGUACGGUGAGAAAUACUGAAGAAGCCAUUGGUAUUGUGGUCUAUGCAGGACAUGAGACCAAGGCAAUGUUAAACAACAGCGGUCCUCGUUACAAGCGCAGCAAGAUUGAGAGACUGAUGAAUACCAAUGUUUUCUUCUGCGUUGGAUUCCUCUUCAUUAUGUGUCUCAUUGGAGCUUUAGGUCAUGGCAUUUGGUCUUCUCAGUUUGUGAUACAUCCACUGUUUGAUGUCCCAGAAGCCAAUGGCAGUUACCUUCCUCCUGCUCUUGCUGGUUUCUACAUGUUCCUAACCAUGAUUAUACUUCUACAGAUCUUGAUUCCAAUCUCUCUUUAUGUGUCUAUCGAACUGGUCAAGUUGGGUCAGAUCUAUCUAAUUCAUAAUGACCUUGACUUGUAUGAUGAAGAAAUUGAUUUGUCGGUACAGUGCCGUGCUCUUAACAUCACAGAAGAUCUAGGCCAAGUGCAGUAUAUCUUUUCAGACAAAACCGGAACGCUUACGGAGAAUAAAAUGGUUUUUCGACGUUGCACCAUCAUGGGAUAUGAAUUCUCUCAUCAAGAAAAUGCUAAACGGUUAGAAAUGUACAACGAAGAAGAAUCUGAUGAUGAAGAUAUGACCAAACCCCGGAAUUUUUUGUUUGAUCUUGAUGCGGGAAACCAGUCCACAGUGAGACACAAGGGGACAAAGGCUUUGAGACGUUGCCACAGCGCCCGGCCUAAUAUCCAAGGGCACUUCCGCAAGAAAUCUGAAGGACGAUUUGAUAUUUCUCAAGUGGCUUUCAGCAGCCCAAUUGAAAAAGAUGUGACCCCAGAUCAUAUGCUGCUUGCCAAGGUUAGAGAAGCAUCAGUCAAGUUUGCCGCCGUCUCUCCAUAUGUAUCUCAGAGUAACAACAGCGCUGCAAGUUCACCAUAUAUUGACUUCUUUUUGGCAUUAGCCAUUUGCAAUACUGUAGUUGUCUCCACAGCAACAGAACCAAGGCAAAGGGUCACUAUGCCUCCUUUGCUGAAACCUUCUGGGACAUCUUUAGAGAAGUUCCAACAUCUGUUCCAAAGGCUAAAAUUAUUGAGUUUCAGCCAGUCCUCCUCCACAUCUCCAUCAAGCUCAGACUCAGGAACCCCGACCAGCUCAAAAAAUAAUAAAGUAAGUCCCGUCCCAUCAGCUGACAAGGACAACAUUUCCAGUUCAGGUGAAGCUGAAUCCCAGAGCAGUGGGAAGGACUCAGUAAGCAAAAGCAGCGCUGACAACUGUUUAGAAGAAAUGAUUGCCACAGUUUCAUCCUUUCAUAUAGAAGAUGACUUCUGUUAUGAGGCAGAAAGUCCAGAUGAGGCUGCACUGGUCCAUGCUGCUAGAGCAUACAGCUUCACAUUAAUGUCCCGCACCCCAGAUCAGGUAACCGUGAGGCUUCCACAAGGUACUUUACUGACAUUUGAACUUCUCUACACAUUGGGCUUCGACUCUGUAAGAAAAAGAAUGUCGGUGGUGGUUCGUCAUCCAAUAACAAGAGAGAUCAUUGUAUACACCAAGGGAGCGGAUUCUGUGAUCAUGGACUUGCUAAAUGACCCCACAAAAGCUAACUAUAUAAGUGAUGAGAAGAAGCUGAGAAAAAUACAAUCGAGGACUCAGAGACAUCUUGACUGGUAUGCACGAGAUGGACUAAGAACUCUCUGCAUGGCUAAAAAGGUUCUAAGUGAAGAUGAUUUCGAGAGGUGGUCAAAUUUUCGAGAAGAAGCCGAAGCUGCAAUUGAAAACAGAGAAGAAUUGCUUAUGGAGACGGCUCAGCACCUAGAAACAAAUCUCAGCCUGCUCGGUGCAACAGGAAUAGAGGACCGUCUUCAGGAAGGGGUUCCAGAUACGAUCGCUUCACUUCGAGAGGCUGGCAUAAAUAUAUGGGUGCUGACUGGAGAUAAACAAGAAACCGCCAUUAACAUUGCAUACUCAUGUCAACUUUUGGACCAGUCUGACACAGUCUUUACCAUCAACACUGAAAGCAAGGAAACUUGUGAGUCCAUCCUGGAUUGCAUUUUGGAAGACAUCAAAAAGUUUUUCCCUGAAAAGAAAAAAAGAGGAAUAUUCAAACGAAAUAAAGCUCCCGUUGCCAACGAGAUGGAGGCAGCUCACCCACAGGUUGGGUUGGUGAUUGAUGGGAGGACCUUGAAUGUCAUCUUUCAGGGAGGCUUGGAGACAAAGUUCCUGGAGCUGACCAAACACUGCCGUUCGGUCCUAUGCUGUCGCGCCACACCUCUGCAGAAAAGCAUGGUGGUGAAAUUAGUACGGGACAAGCUAAAAGUCAUGACUCUUUCCAUAGGUGAUGGGGCUAAUGAUGUGAGUAUGAUCCAGGCUGCUGAUGUUGGAAUUGGCAUAUCAGGCCAAGAAGGCAUGCAGGCAGUGAUGUCCAGUGACUUUGCAAUAUCCCGCUUCAAACAUCUCAAGAAGUUAUUACUGGUUCAUGGUCAUUGGUGCUAUAGCCGUCUGGCAAAUAUGGUCAUCUACUUCUUUUACAAAAAUGUGGCCUAUGUCAACUUGCUCUUUUGGUACCAGUUUUUCUGUGGCUUCUCAGGCACCACCAUGAUUGAUUAUUGGCAGAUGAUCUUUUUCAACCUGUUCUUCACUUCCGUGCCUCCUCUCGUAUUUGGAAUACUGGACAAGGAUAUUUCAGCGGAGACGUUAAUGAGCCUACCUCAUCUUUAUAAGAGUGGACAGCAGUGUCAGUCCUACAAAAUGUCUACUUUCUGGAUAGCCAUAGUGGAUGCUUUCUACCAGAGCCUUGUCUGCUUUUUCAUUCCAUAUUUUACAUACCGGGGUACAGACAUGGACAUUCUUUCCUUUGGCACGCCGAUCAAUACCAUAUCCCUAUUCACAAUCUUAAUGCAUCUUGCAAUCGAAAUAAAAACAUGGACCAUUUUGCACUGGGUGACGAUUAUUAUAAGCAUUAUCUGUUACUUUGUGAUAUCACUCGCUUAUAAUGCCAUCUGUGUGUUGUGUAAUGAGCCAGCAAACCCAUACUGGAUUAUGGAGAUGCAAAUGUCAGAUCCCUUGUUCUAUGUGGUCUGCAUUAUUACACCAGUCAUUGCUCUGUUGCCAAGGUACUUUAUCCGGGCAGUGAGAGGAACCUGUGUCCCCAGUCCACUUAUUAUAGCACGGAAGCUGGAUAAGCUUGGUAAAGCAGAAAGAGACUUAAAGAUACAGCAAUGGAAGGAAAAAAUCAGGGAAUCAAUGCCUAGAGCAGCCCCCAAUGAAUUUGAUUUUAAUUCAUCAAUACAUAAUGGAUAUAUUUUACCUCCAACUCCAUCCAGACCACAUCACAAUGCUUGCACUGUAAAGAAUGAAGCAAACAAUGGCAGUUCCCCUAACGAAAGCACUGCUGCCACAGCUACCGGCGUAAGGCCUUACCGCAAAAACCACAAUUCCAAUUGCGUGGGACCUGCAAAAGGCGUGGCCAAUCUUCUAAAGGACAAUGCAGAGGACUCUAAAGCCAAUCACAAGAGAUCUAUUAGCACAGUGACAGUUUAAAGACAUAUAUAUAUAUUAUUGGGUGUUUAUUAAAUAGAGCCCAAUGCAUCUGUACAUUUACGAUGACUGCUGUUUGGCCCAUAUUGGGAAAAGAUAGCAGAAUUUUUCACCGUCACUUUUAAAUGUGAAGUUCUUGUGUUAAACUGCUAUAAAACGAAUGGGAUACAUGUAUAGAGGUGGCAGUGCAAUCAUUUUAUUUUGUACAUGAUACAAUGAAUGUAAAUGGACUCUACAGCUUUCUUAGUUUGUAUUCCUGAGUCUGCGUCAGUCAAAUGACUUGGCGAGCUGCUAUAGAUGGAAUUGUAAUCAAGGCUUCUUCAUCUGAGAGGCGUUCCUGGUUUCUUCUUUUAAAGGCUUAAGCAAAAAUGGUGCUAAAGGACAGGAGAUUCCUCUACAAGAUGAUCUAGUAUGUUGCAUUAUUUGGCACAACCGUCACUUGAGUUUAGCAUUGGAGUCUGACAAGGGAGGCCAAACAAUGCCAGUACUUUUAGACAAGAAUGUACAUUUCUAAUAGUUUUUCUGGAUCACCUGAAUAUAUGCAAAGUAAAAUACGUUGGAACACACUUAGAUGUGCAGUAAGUGUAUUUCUGGAUAAUGGUCUACUAAGGAUUCCAACUAAAUGCAGAUUUUUUUUUUUUGUUUCAGAGUGGGCACUAGUUUUUUUAAUACCCUUUAUUCCACACAGCUUCUGCUGAACUAUGAUUAAUAACAUCAAUAAGUUGUGACUCGGCUAUGUUGGAGACAGGUGGUGGAAAUCAAUUGGUUUGAAUAAAUUUGACCCCAUAUUACAUUACUUCUAGUACCUUCUAAUUCUAUUAACCUUGUUUCUCUGAUGACAAUCCACAAUACCUUUACUCUGAUACAUUUUAAGGGGCUUAAAUUAUUCAUUUAAAGGUAAUAAUGUAAUUCAUUUUACGUCCAUCAGAACUUUCAUGUAUUUUAUUCGGUUUAGGCCCCCAAAAAUUAGUCUUUUAAUUAUCUGAGAUGACGGUAUUAUUGUUACAAGUAGAAUUUCAAUAGCAUACGUUGCUUAUCAUAGUUGUAUUAAAGAGACUUGGUCCAAGUUAAAUUAAUCUACAUAGGUGCCAAAAAUCUAAUCUUUGAUAUUCCUCAUUUUUAAUUGUAACGUGUAGAUUUUUUUUUUUUAAAUGUUUAUACAAUGUUUUUAUUGUUCUGAGCUGCCGUGAACAAAAAGUACAUUGACUGUACAAGACAUAUAUAUUAUUAUUUUAAAGCUCAAUAUUAAAUUAAAUGUAUUUAUUUUAUGUGUAUUACUUCAGUCUGUGCAGUUUACUUUGCAUAUCAUGAAUUGCAUUUCAGAACAGCAUAAUAUUUUCUGCUCAUUCUAAGAUAAUUGGAUUAUAUAUUUGUACAGUGGCGUAAAUUAAUUAGGACCUUACUGGUCCCCCCCUGUAACCGCAGGGUCUGCUUCCCCUGUAGUUACGCCCCUGUUUAUGUAUAAGCAAAACUGAUAAAUCAAAUAGGUUUUUUUUCUUUUGUUUGUUUUUGUAAUCUGUUCUUUUGUGAUAACUAACUCACCAGUGUUUUGCACCACGGGAAAAAAAACAAUAAAGAUGCAGGUCUAUUAUUUCUUGGA